CAGUGUCGCGUGUCUGUUCGGCGGUCGCGUCUUCCCGAAGCAAGUUGUCCGAUUACGCGAAACGCGUUCGUCGGUAGUCCACCGCCGGAAUCUGCGCGGCGGAUUUUCCGCAUCGUCCAUCACAUCGGAUCCGGUUCGUACGGCUGCGCGAGUGGAUCUUGUCAAGCGCGCGAACGCCGUCGACGGAAUCUACGAUUCCGAUCGAGGAGCGGUACUCGCGCGAGCAAUGGCGCGAUCGCCACGCGCCGCGGAAUCGACGACGUGCGCACCACGUAGAUGAUACAUCGGUGCCCGUUGUUCCUCCUCGUGGCAUGGUGGUGUUUACGACGCGUGUGACGAUCUAUUGGCCACCACGACGUUGCUACGACGGUGUGACAAGCAGCUCGACGAAGCCGCACGGACGCGAGCCGCGUCGUGAGCCGCCAUGAGACGCAUCAGCGUUGGCGGUAUGAGCCGGCCGUCCAAAGCCGUGACUCAAGCGAAGAAAGUAGCACCACCGGCUGUACCAGACGUGUUUCGACACUCGGGCUCUUCUUUUGGCUCGGCUGGAUAUGCUAGCAGCGAGGAUAGCUGCUUCCUCUCUGGAAGCGGCCCCGGAGGUACGACGGACGAUGGUUCCUACGGGAUGCCAUCUGGAAAAAGUCCGGGACCUAUUUUUACCCAUCCUGGCUUCGCCUUUCCGCCGGUGAUCGGCAAAUAUGCCCACGCCGAAGAUCAAGGUAUCGAUAUGACCCAGAGUCCCGGCAGGGACAGUCCUGGUAGUUCUGGAUCAGGUUCCGGUUCUAGACAUUCUACUGCAUCACUGGAUUCUGGAAGAGCAUCCGGAUAUCAUUUGGGACCCAGGGGACCCGGUGCUCUUGCCUCGUCUCCCAGAUGCUCUAUCAGUUCUCUCGGAAGUCAUCCCGAUCGACCAGCGGAUCUCGAUGUCGUUCACGCUUGGUUAACCGAGCUUCAAUUUGAGGAAUAUUUUCCUUUGUUUGCUUCCGCAGGUUACGAUCUUGCUACUAUAACACGCAUGACACCGGAGGAUCUCACGGCUAUAGGUAUUAAAAAACCCAAUCACAGAAAGCGGCUAAAAGCGGAAAUAGACAAUUUGAAUAUAGGAGAUGGAUUGCCGGAACAUGUACCCGGAUCGUUAGAAGAAUGGCUUAGACUUCUUAGGCUCGAGGAAUACCUUGGUGCUCUUCAUCAGCAGGGCAUGCGUUCCGUCGAGGACGUGACAACCCUUACUUGGGAGGACCUCGAAGAUAUUGGUAUCGUACGUCUAGGGCAUCAAAAAAAAUUAUUGCUGGCGAUUAAGAGAGUUAAGGAUAUACGGGCCGGCAAGCGUAUACAGCCGCUUGACCUUGCACGUUUACCGCCACAUCCUGGACAUACGCAGGAUGUUGUUAUUCAACGAGGCGGGCCUGAUCUGCCAUCGCCCGAUGAGGACUGUUCCUCCCCUGUCCUCAGAUCUUUUCAAAGAGGUGGAAGCGAUACUACUUGCGGUACUACUUGGAGAAGUAUGUACGCCGCGCUUCCAGCUGAUUAUGGUACAGUCGGUCGUACUGGCUCUCGUGGAAAAUCUUUGGAAAGCUUAGAGGACGCACCUCUCGGUUAUCCUCCGUCACCGGCCCCAGCUUCGCAUCCACAACCCCUCGAUUGGCGUCCACGAAGUUUCGAGGAUGGCGAUCUUACACCCACGAAUGAUGCUUCUGCUGUAGAUACCGGUGGCGGAGGCGGCACACUUCCACGACCAAGACAUUGUCUCGUUCGCCCGCGGCCUGUAGCUAAGGUCACCGCAACGCCAGGACAAUACAAAUCUUUGCCAAGAGAUUUGGAUAACAAGUAUCAAUUAACUUACGGACUAGAGAGUAGUCCUCACCUUCCGAAACGAUGUCCUCCGUCGCCUCCGAGACGGCAAAGUUCCAGAGAUACAACUAGUUCUUCCAUAGUAGGUGUAGGUACAGCGAUCGGCGAUGUCGUGAUAGACUGUAGCGGACCAAUACCGACAGCUUCCUGCGAAGAUCAUCAUAUUCAUCAACAUCAUCAUCAGCAUCAGCAUCACCAUUUACUUCAUCAUCCACCGCCGCCACCGCCAGCACCCACGCCUGCGCCUUCUACACCGCCGCAACUGAAUCGACCGCCUUCCUCCAUGUCACGUUCAUGGGGUAGCGUCAGUGUAAAUGUUAACGAGGAACACGAAUUAAUCGCUUCUCUCGCGCUACAGCAUCGCAAUGGAUCAGAUGCUAGUUUUAAGUCAAGUUCCAGUACAGAAUCGGAUUCUUUGCCGUUUGCCAAUGAGAAUGCCGGCACGAUAAAGCAAAGGGCCGGUCGAGCACAAGAAUACGUACCGAGUGGAUCGAACAGCGGUAUCGGCGUACUCAAUCAUCAUUCUAGUGGUGGCGAACCUGCGGACGUUCUGAACGAUAUUGGAAAUAUGCUUGCCAAUCUCACGGACGAACUUGAUGCGAUGCUCGAAGAGGAAAAACGCCAGGGCCUCAAUUCAUAAUUGUCACUGCCUUCGUUUUCUAAUCGACCAGAGUUGCCAUAAGUAAGCUUGGUUUAUUGUCAUUGAUACGCGAGAUAAGAUUUGUUUAGUGCAGGGUACAUGUUCGAAUACGAGUAAAUGCAAUUUACGAGGAGGAAUCCAUGAAUGGAUACGAAUGGCGUCGAGAGAUUUGGAUAUCUAUUAUCCUAUAAGAAUGUUAAAGACGGAAUUUACUGACAUAUAUAGACAUAUUAUUCCUUUUUGUUGCAUUUUAUUUUGAGAUGAAUAAGAGUGACAUUAUAUUACACUCUAAAUUGAAUAAUAAUAUUCGGUUUUGUAUUAUACAGAUUAAUGCAUAUGUAAAACAUAUUUUUGCGUGAUUUAUACUUUGCUUCGAUCAUAGUUUCCUUCUUCGUCCCUUAUUGGGAGGGAAUAGUGCUUUACUUUUAUAUGGAAACAUAUCGGAGCAAGUUCCAGUAAGUUUCCAGACGCAGCUGUUCUACGAUAAUAUCGCACAAUCUUUGAGUGUCUUCUACUUCUUUUGAAGUAGUGUAGUUUACAUUAUAUUUUUUGUUAUUCCUUUUUUUUUUUAUAAUGGACAAUAUUAGAAAUGAGUGAUAAUGUAGAACAUAUCACUCUAUUCUAUCUGAUAAAUUUAGCGCGAGUAUCUUCAAGAAGUCGAUAUAUGAGAUACUGACAUGGUAAAAGGGGAGGGGAAUAAAUUUUUUAAAACGAGUAUAGAUAUAUUGAAUAUAUGUAAUCAUGAUUUGUACUACAUGUUGCAUGUAGUACAAGCAUGUUGUGCAAGCUAUUUGGUUUUCCAACAUGCAUCUUCCACAUGUAAAACUAUUCUUACAAUUUAUAACGUGUAAUACAUACAAGAAGUCUGACCCUCUUUUCUAGGAAUUUGAUUUUCAUUAAUACACGUACAUUCCAGUUGACAUUUUUCUAUUUCCGUCCUUCGUUAAAUCAAUAUACACAUAUGGUAGAAGUCGAAAUUUUUUACUUAUAACUUAUUCAGUUAUUAAAAUAAGACAAAUCAUAUGUUUCAUGUUUCAUUGUUCAAAUGAAAUAGCUCCAAAUGUCAGAGAGAUAUAUUUAUAGAAAGAUUGUUACAAUGAUAAAAAAUAAUUAACAUUCUUGAUUUUAAUCUAAUAUAAUUUUUGGAAAAAAAAAGAUUAGAAGGCAUAGACGCGCAACGCUUUUUUUUAACAGGAAUUUUAUAAGAAAUUGCAGAUAGAAUUUCAAGGCAAUAUGGUUUAGUACAGAAAUAUAAAUAAUGUAUGCCAAUCAACAUUUUGUAUUUAUUAUCCGUAUUAAUGAAUAUAGAAAUAUAUUACAUAACUUAUUAAUUAUAUGAUACAUUCAGAUGUGCAAAAGCACUUGGAAAGUAUUCAUAUGUAUCAAAUCAAAUAAAAUUGUAGUUGCGGAGGCACGUUUUCGAGUGUCUUUGCUGUGUUCGAGGAUCUGUGUUACUGAUAUGUUUUCAGAUCUGGAUAUAGUAGUAUUUUGCAAGAAAUUUUUAUAAGAUACUUUAUAACGCGAUAUAUUGGAGAUAAAUGUAUAACAAACAUUUUUUAUCUAUCUUUGCAAUAAUAAUACAAGCUUCUCAUAAUACAAGCAGCAGAAAUUUAAAUUAAGAAUUCUUUGAAACACGUAAUAGCAAUCUUGUUUUGUUUCAAAGUAAAUUGAUAUAAGAAAAAAUUUUUUGUGUUAUAUGAUUUUUUAUUUAAGAAUACUUAUAUUAAUAAGUCUAUAUCUAUAUACCGCUUUGGUAUGUAUUAUUAAUAUUUCCUGCGCGGCAAAUUUAUAUGCAGGGCCGUUCCAAGGAUUCGUUGCAUUCGAGCGCAAAUUGUUGCUGCUAUAUUGCUAUAUUGUUAUUGAUAAUUAAUCGAAAUCGAAUAUCAAUUUAUAUUAAGAAUUUACAGCAGAAAUUUCUCAAAUAUAAAAUAAUGUGCAAAAUUGUAACCGUUUUUUGUAUUUAUCAAAGUGAACAAUGAACGUUAACAUUUAUUAAUAUAACAGUUUAGAACAAUUAUAAAAUCUGAACCUUGAUAAAUAUUAUACUAAUUGAAUUUAAAUUGAUAUAAAGCUCUAUUUUAUAUAAAAUAGAGCGCAUGUUUUUCUUUUAGCAAAUUGUAUGGUAAGCUUUGAUUUUUCUAAUUUGCUCGCGAUUUCGUGCUCGAUCAAAAUUAUUGUUAAAUUUUUCCUAAGAUAUAGGCAAACGCCAAUAAUUUUUUAUCAAUUUAAGUUUUGAGAACGAUCUUUCACCUUUAAAGUUACGGCGAAUAGUAAAAUUAAUAUUCACAAACUCAUGUAAAGAUUCCGAAACAUUUGUUGCAAAUUAUUUUUCAAAUUUAUUUUGGUUAUUUUUGUCGCUCGAAAUUUUUUCCAAUUUUUUAUUUUCUUUAUUUUGGUUGUACGAUUAUUUUUAAAGACACAUCACCAGCCAUCCGGCGGAUGCAUUACACUCGUUGCAUCCCAGCUUGAAACGACCCUGCGUAUAUGUCUCUAUCUCCGCUUUAAACGAUUAUUUUACAUAUCAGUUCGAAAUGAUAAUGUAAAAUGCAUAAGUUACGACAAAAUAUAUAAUUAUUAUAUCUCCUUUUCCCUAUGUGCGACACAUUUUUAACCCUAAAGAGGGUCGCACGUUAUUUAUAAUCUGAUCCAAUCGCGUUCCACAGAUAAAAAACACAGAGCAUAUAUGGAAUUUUAAGGUACACUUAAACUUAGAAUUAAUUGAUGAAGAAUAAAAGCUGCUGAGUGCAGAAUACUAGAGAGAACGAGGAAGAGAGAAAGAAAAAGAAAGAGAAUUGUCUUGUUAAUUACUGUAGGUAAUAUAGGUGCGUGCGUGCGUGCGUGCCUGUGAUGCGUUUUGUGUAUAGAAUGCAUAACAUACUUUAUAUAUACAUACGUAUAUGCGGAGCGUAUCUUGAAAAGAUCGGAUAUUUUUUUAAUAAAUUAAUUUCAGCAAUUAUUUUUUUUCUGAACAAAAAUAUGGAGAAAAAUAAGGGAUUAUCUUACAAUAAAUCUUUUAUCGUAUAUAACAUAUAACACAAUUCUUUUAGGACCAGCAUACUUGACAUUUAUUAUAGUUAAAAAUUCAAAGUGAGAUAUAGUUAGCAAUAGAAACAGAAGGCAGCUAAAUAAUACAGUAGUAGAUUUAUUUAUGCCAUUUAUAAUAAUUAUUUAAGAUAUUCAAAUUAAAAUUUUAUAAAAGUAAAUUCUAUUUAUGAAAUUAAUUAAAACAUAUAUGUUGAUGUAUUUGGGUUUCCUUGGUUUUAAAUAAUAAAAUAAAUUUGCCAUACAUAUAAUAAUAAAUAUUUUUUUAUUUAUUACAUUGCAUUGUUUAUGUAGGAGUAAUUCAGUGGGACUUAUCAAUAUGACUUUAUGUACACUAUAUAUAUAUAUUUAAAUUUAUCUAGAUAAAAAAUUUAGUUAGAAAAUAUUUAUUUUAUUGAAAGAACAUUCGAUCUUUUUAGGAUGUUUGGAUAUGAAUAUGUGUAUGUGAGCGUGAGUGUGUAUGUGUGUACGUAUGUAUAUACAUUAAAUAAGCAGUGAAUUUAGGAGGGCAUGUUCCACAAUGCCGCGCGCGAGCCUUUGAGCGAGAUUAAUCUGUUGUUUUUACAGAUGAAUAAACCAUACUCUAAUCAGCCGCAAUUGACUGACGCGCGAUUUAGCGCGAACGAGUUACGCACAUUAUAGAUUUAUAUUGCCAUUUGAUACUUACAAUAUUACAGUAACGCAAAUCAUUCGGAUACGAGUCUUUGAUUUUAUCGACUUUGUAUUGUAAAAUCUAUAAUAUUAUAUAAAUAUUAUUCACAUUUAGCAGCUAAUUUUUACGUCUUGAUUUAGAGUUUAGUUUAUGUGUGUGUGGUAUUUUAUGCCGAAUAUAAAUGUUUGAGUUCUAUUUACAACUUACGUCAUAGUGAUAUCUCAAUAAAAUGAAUUAUAUCAUCGUAUAUAAUAUAUAAUAGCAGAGUUGUAGUCUGUUAUGCAUAUAGGAACUAUAGUUAUUUUAAAAGUGGUGCAAAUUGAGUCUUGGAAAUUGUUAACAGAGGAGCAUAUAUAUACAUAUAAAUAUCUUUUUUUUUAUUUCCAUAUUAUUAAUGUUAUAUUCAGAUAACAAUAUAUGUUUCAGUCAUCUUGUUAGUUUCAACAUCCAAUAGUUGAUUUAAAUAUAUAAUAUUUUGCAGGUCUUUAAUGUUACGAGAGCAGUUGUAUAACAAAGUAUAUAACGAGAGUUAAUCGCAAUUCGCUAAAUAAAUCCAUUUCCUUCAUACUUAUUGCGUUCCAAUUACAAACAUUGGUAUACACAUAUAUGUACAAUGUAUUUUAUACGAUGCCUUUUCACUAACAAAAAGGCAUAAUAUAAACUCUUGCGAUUUAUUAUGUUAUUUAAAAACUCAUUGUAUUAAAUCCAUCACGUUCACAUUGUAAUAGAGAUAAAGAUUUUGCACUUUUGCAUUAUAACGCGGCAAAUUGUUGACGCAUUCGAGCGAAUGCAUUACAUCUCUUUAUGAUAACGUCCUCUUCCACAAAAAGGAAUGUGAUUUGUUUUAAAUAAACCUAUUCGCUUCCACAUAGACGUAAAUUAAUAAUUCUGCAGUAGAAACGAGUAGAAGAGAAAAUGUAUGAAUAAAACUUUUUUUUUUUACAAUAUUAAUAUAAUAUUUUCCAAUGUUUCGGCUAACAUGAAUUUAGAGUUCGCGUUGGUUUAUAGGCAGCUAAUUGAUUGACAGUUCGUUGAAUACGUAACUUUCACACGAUGUACAUAUGUUACACGCAUAUAUACAUACAAAGCAUAUUAAUUAGUCAUAGUUUUUGUACGCGUCGCUAUUAGUGUCUCGCUCAUAGCGAGCCCCCAAUGCCCGCCUAAAUUUCAUUGUACAACCCCCUUCUUCCCCUUUCGUGUUGGCUUAAAUGCGCGUUAGAUAUGUUAUUUGGUUUAUCGAUUAAGAGCAAGGGUGAUUGAUCUUUAAAUAAAGCCAAUGGACACACU